AUGUCACCUAUUGUUCCAUUAUUUCUUCGCAAUCCACAUUGCGUUCAAGAAAAUAGACUUCCUACAAGGGCAUACACAUAUGACCCGAACAUUUUCCAUUCUUUGAAUGGUCAAUGGUUCUUUAAAUUAUUUCAUUCUCCUACGGAGUCCCCUGAUCUCACUAAGUUUAACUUUUCCGCUGCUAAAAUUUGGGAUACAAUUAAAGUCCCAUCACAUUGGCAAUUAUGUGGCAACGGUAAAUAUGGACUUCCAGGGUAUCAGAAUCUUCAGUAUCCUUAUCAAUUAGAUAUCCCGAACCCACCUACUGUUAACCCAACAGGCGUCUAUUUUCAUAAUUUCUAUUGUGAAGAAAAGGAUCCAACGAUAAAUUAUAGAAUUAGAUUUGAGGGAGUGGACAAUUGCUUUCAGUUAUACAUUAACCAACAUUAUGUGGGCUUGAGUAAAGGAUCAAGAAAUUCUUCUGAAUUUGUUGUUGACAACUACUUGAUUAAAGGGGAAAACAUUAUCUCUGUGAAAGUUUACAAAUGGUCUGAUUCAUCGUAUUUGGAAGAUCAAGACGAAUGGCGUAUGUCUGGAAUUUUUAGAGAUGUUUCCCUUUUAACACUGCCAAAGACCCAUAUUGAAAACUUUCAAGUUAUUCCUUCAUUUGAUUCAGAGUACAGUGAUGCCACUCUAAGCUUGAAUUUGCAGAUUGAGGGAAAGUAUGACGCGGUUAAAUUUACCUUAUAUGAUUGUGAGGAUCCACAUAGGCCGGUUGAUGCAUCAGAAUUACUUCAAGAGACUGACAAAGCUAAAACUGAUCCUAUAAAACAAAUUAUGAUACCUGCAGAGAAGUUGAAAGAGACCGUCAAAAUUGCAAUUCGGAAUCCAAAGCAUUGGACAGCCGAAGAUCCUUAUCUUUAUAAGUAUCGACUACAAGUGAUUUUUAACGGCAUGGCUUUACAUUCCGUAUAUAACCAUGUUGGCUUUCGUCAGGUGGAAUUGAUAAAAGGAAAUAUCAGAAUCAAUGGCUGCAGAAUAAUGUUUAAAGGUGUAAACCGACAUGAACAUCAUCCUUUGUAUGGAAGAUCUGUUCCGUUGGAAUUCGCUUUAAGGGAUUUGAUUAUUAUGAAGAAGCACAAUAUUAAUGCUGUAAGGACUUCUCAUUACCCAAAUGAUCCUAAGAUUUACAAUUUCUUUGACCGUCUUGGAUUUUACGUCAUUGAUGAAGCCGAUUUGGAAACACACGGAGUUCAGACUGGAUUUAAUGUAUACAACAAUAUUGAAGUGGAACUGCCUGAAACAAAACAGAAGUAUUAUGAACAGAAUGUUUGUUAUCUCUCAAGCAAUCCAGAAUACACGGAUGCGUACUUAGAUCGAGCAUCUCAGCUUGUGCUCAGGGACAUUAAUCAUCCAGCAGUCGUUUUUUGGUCUUUAGGUAAUGAGUCAGGCUAUGGAACUAAUCAUCAGAGGAUGGAAAAGUUAAUUCGUAAGCUAGAUCCAUCAAGAUUAAUUCAUUAUGAAGGCGAUGUCAAUGCCAUUUCUACCGAUACGUAUAGUGUCAUGUAUCCAAGUCUUGAUGCUAUGGAGGUCUGGAGGAAAUCACACACAAAUAAAAACAGAGAAUUUAGUAAACCUUUAAUUUUGUGUGAGUACGCACAUGCAAUGGGCAAUGGUCCUGGAAAUUUGAAGGAGUAUGAAGAUUUAUUUUACUCAAACAAUUUUUAUCAAGGUGGAUUCAUUUGGGAAUGGACAAAUCAUGGCAUCAAAUCCAAUGCAUUGAAUAAAAAUGAUGGUCAGAUGCAUGAAAUAUACGCAUAUGGUGGCGAUUUUGGAGAGGAAGUGCAUGACGGCCUUUUUCUUAUGGAUGGCCUUUCAAAUUCGAAACAUAACGAGACUCCUGGCUUAAUCGAACUAAAGAAGACGUACGAACCUGUCGUUAUUGAUUUGACGGAUUCUCAGAUCAUUAUUAAAAACAGAAAUGACUUUAAAACUACUGAUUACUUGAAAUUUGUUAAUGUUGAUGACAACAGUACUAUACAGGUUCCUUCAUUAAAACCCAAUCAAAGCAUUUCUAUUGAUGUUCAAACCACUGCCGUCUCCGCUGUUCUCAAAAGGGAUUAUGGAACUUUAAAAGCUGGUUAUGAAAUUUCCUGGGGACAGCUCUCUCCUAAGUUAAGGGUCCCAAGAUUUUCCAUACCACUUACAGAAGAAACGAAAUUUGAAGAAACAUCCAGAUUCUUGAUGGCUACGUCGCAGAGAAUGCAUUUGAAGUUUGAUAAAAUAUUGGGCAUAGUUGAAGACUUGAGAAUAGGGGGCAAAUCCUUGAGCAACAAAAUUGAUGGCUCAACUAUUACUUUUUGGAGGCCUCCUACAAACAACGAUGAUGCAAAGGAUACAAAAUAUUGGAAGGAUUUCAAUAUGCAUUUGGUCAAACAGAAUGUUAAGGAUAUUGAAAUUCAAAAAAAUUUCCGAGGAUUUCUUGGACCACUUGUCUUUGACUGGGGAUUCGACACUACUCAGGAAUACAUAAUUAGAACAAACGGAUUGAGCGUUCACACAAUUAUGAAUAAAUCAGGUAGAUACCAACCAAAGUAUCUUCCUCGGCUUGGUUAUGAAUUUUGGCUUGGUGACAACUAUGAUCACUUUGAAUGGUAUGGCCGUGGCCCAGGCGAAUCGUAUCCUGAUAAAAAGUGCUCUCAAAAAUUUGGCUUUUUCUCUUCACAAAACAUUGAUCCUUUUGUCUACGAUUAUCCACAGGAAAAUGGAAACCAUACAGAUACACAUUACGUGAAAAUUUGUUAUAAGGAUAACAGUGCCAUCACAAUUUCCGAAAAGGGCAAAAAAUUUAACUUCAAGAUUAGUGAUGAGUACGCAGUUGAGGAGGCGAGACAUCCAGAUGAAGUAAAACAUUACGAAAAAAAUUACAUUAGACUUGAUGAUCGCAUGCAGGGCCUUGGAUCAGAGGCUUGUGGUACCCCAGUUCUUGACAAAUACAGGGUUGAAAUGAAGGAUUAUGAUUUCACAUUUAAUAUUGAUUUUACGACCUGA